CGCGCCACCUCUCUAUGGCGUUGAGAUGGAAAACAUUAAGUCCAGGACAUGUACUGUUUUCGACCUCACUGAUGUGGGUGUCACACAUCGCGCGCGAGGUGGCGAUAAUAAAUUAUAAGAGUUAGGUUAUCUCACUGCCGAGACAAACUUAAUAGUUGGAAGCAGUUAUUUUUGAGAACAACAAUGAUUAGUUCUAACGAGAGUGAUGAUAGUGCCGAAGGUUUGCAAGGGAGUAGAAAGCGAAAAAGGAAUCCGAAAGUUUGGAAAGACAAUAAAAGGAAAACUGCUGCUCUUAAAGGUGAAGCCUAUGUUUCUACAUCCGGAAAAAGGGUUGCACCAAAAUCAUCUGGGUCUCCAUGUGGGUGCAAGGAGAAGUGCACAGAGAAGUUCCCGAUGAAAAAAAAAACAAUCUUAAUUUCCAAACUAUAUGACGGUAGGCCCAAAAAUGAACGUGACACAUUUCUUCAAGGCCUAAUUGAGGUGACAACCAUUUCAAGACGUAGAGGACGAGUCCAAGCUAAUGCUAAGCCCAAAUCCGCAAGUUUUAAGUAUUCUAUAUUGGAAAGCUCUGGAAACCGUGUGGCAGUAUGCAAGCGAGCUUUCAUGAGUAUUUACGGUGUGUCACAUAUGCAAAUUCAACGCUUAACUACAUUGCUUGUGACCGGCGCAUCUCCAAGAGAUUUAAGGGGCCUACACAAUAACAGGCCACGUUCCAAAUCAGAUGAAGUACUAAUCAGAAUUAGGGAGCACAUAGAACGUUUCCCACGUAAAAGUACUCAUUAUUCUUCUAGAGUACAUCAAUACCUAGAUGCUAGGCUAAAUGUUAAAACAAUGCACUCUCUAUUUAUUAAAGAAAAUCCUGAUUUGCAGCAUGAUGUUAAGUAUGAAUUCUAUUUAAAGUACUUCAAGGAAAAUUAUGCACUCAAAUUUGGAAGACCACAGGUGGACGUCUGUUCCGAAUGCGAACGAUUAGGCGCCAAGAUUAAAAGUAAAGAUUUGAAUGAUAAUGCAAAGCGAGUGGCCACAGCAGAACUGAUAGUCCAUAAGCGACGUGCCAAAAAAUUUUAUAACAAACUGCAGGAUAUCCAAAAACUCUGUCAAAAUCGACCUGAAGUUGCCGGUAUUACUUUAGAUUACAUUCAAAAUCUACCCCUCCCGAAUAUACCAGUUCAAGAAAUCUUUUAUUUUCGGCAACUAUGGGUAUAUGCUUUAGAAAUUCAUAAUUUAUCAGACAAUUCUGGACAUUUUUACACAUACCACGAAGGGCAUGCCUGCAAAGGACCAAACGAGGUCUGCACAUUCCUCAAAAACUACAUAGAGACUCACAUUCCUUGA